AGCAAAUUACACACGGCAUUUGUGGAUUGGCCGUCGCAUUUACAGAUAUUAUUUAUUUAGUAAAUUAAAAACUCACAGUCAUAUUUAUUUAAUAGAUUAAAAUGCUCUUCGAAGCCUUUAUUUUACUGGUAGUACUCCCGCUAUUCUUCCUCACGUUGCUACUGUUCGGAGCCUUCGUGAUCGUCCCUGGCGCCUUUAUAUUCGCGUCAUGGUACAUGCGGAUCUACGAGCGAAAGAAACAGCGGAGGCUGCGAGAUGGGCCUAACUUGGCAUUCUUCCACCCGUAUUGUAAUGCCGGGGGCGGCGGAGAACGGGUGCUAUGGGUGGCUAUUAAGGCAAUUUUGACUAGAUAUCCAGACACCAAUAUAUAUAUUUACACUGUGGACACAGCAGAACCUCAGACCAUUGCCAACAAAGUGCAGAAUACAUUUAAUAUAAAAGUUGAUGCCAGCAAACUUAACUUCAUAAGGUUGGUGUCAAAACGGGCGAUAGAGGCAAGCUCAUACCCUUACUUCACACUGCUGAUGCAGAGUCUGGGCUCUAUGGUUAUGGGGUUGGAGGCCUUCAUGAAGUUCAAUCCAGAUAUCUUCAUAGACACGACAGGAUAUGCCUUCACCUACCCAAUCUUCCGGUACCUAGCGCAGUGUCCGGUGGGCACAUACACCCACUACCCUGUCAUUACCAAGAGCAUGAUGCGCCGCGUGCAGCAGAGAAUCGUCUCCUACAACAACAGGGGGAUCAUAGCCAGGAACCCUGUCUUCACUUGGUGCAAGCUCUUGUACUACAAAGCUUUUGGUUGGCUGUAUGGAAUCGUGGGGCGCUGCGCUGACGUGGUGAUGGUGAACGGAACGUGGACGGAGGACCACAUCAACGACUUGUGGAACUCGCCCUGCAACACGCACCGGGUCUAUCCGCCCUGUGAAGUAACAGAGCUGAAGCAGCUACGAUCUCUAGUCAAAGACACGGAUCCGAUCCGGAUACUAUCCGUGGCGCAGUUCAGACCUGAGAAGGAUCAUCCUCUCAUGCUACAAGCUAUGUACGAGUUGAGGAACCUGCUGGUCAAGAACGAAGUGCUUUGGAACAAGAUCAAACUGGUAUUCGCCGGCGCGUGUCGAAACGCAGAGGACGAGGAACGAGUCCAAAACCUGAAAGAUUUGGCCAAGCACCUGUCCCUCGAAAAUAGCGUGCAGUUCGUCGUGAACGCUCCCUACGCGCAGCUGCUGCAGCUGUACCAGACGUGCAGCAUAGGGCUGCAUGCUAUGUGGAACGAGCACUUUGGAAUCAGCGUAGUAGAACUGAUGGCAGCAGGCCUCAUCACCAUCGCGCACCGCUCAGGCGGCCCCCUCGCCGACAUCGUGGAGACUACGGAGACUAGUCGAACCGGCUUCCUCUGCUCUGAGGCCGACGAGUACGCUCGCGCCAUUCUUGAAGUCAUAGCUCUAGCGCCUGAGGAGAGACAGCGAAUCAUAGACGCAGCUAGGGCAUCUGUGGAUCGUUUCUCCACUUUGGAGUUCGAGAAGACCUUCCUUCGGGUGGCAGAACCUCUCAUGAAGCUCGACUGAUAGAAUUAUUAGUAUAAUGCCUCCUGUACACACUCGAAGAGACCUAGACGCCGAGUCUCGGCAGCGCUUCGAUCCAAUCGGAGAAGCGCGGGACGAAACGAGGAAGAGCGAGAUGAGGAGUAUGUACACACUCGUUCUCGGCCUGUCUCGACAAGUGUGUACAGCCCGCAUAAAAGGACUGAUACUUAUGGCGUUAUUCAUAAACGCGGUACUGGCCUGAAUUAGCUAUGGAUCGUUUUGACUUAUGUAUUUGUAAGAAAGGGAUAAAGCAUAAUUUAACUAAAUCAGGCCCGUAAAGUAUUAUGAAUAAGGGGGGAACUUGAACGCCACGUCUAUCGUGCGCGGCGCGUGAACGUUAUCGUAAUGCACGAAGGUUGAUAUUAGGCUGUAGCCGCGCCACAAUUUUUGUUACACAUUGUACAGUCAGCAGAAGUUGCUAAGCGGACGAAGUGUUCAAAAUGAUCUUGACGCGACUUUAUUGUUAAGAGAAUAAGAGCAUCUCAAGGUAAUUUUGAACACCUCGCCCGUUUAGCAACUUCUGCUGCUGACUGUAUGUAUGUAUUUGUAGUAAUUAUAGGUAGUUCUUAAAUACUAAUCCAGUCAAAUGAGAGUUUUUAGUAAGUAGAUAUAAACUUACGUAGUUUAUGGUUUGCCUGACGUUUGUUAAGUUUAAAGAGAUAAAUACAGAAAAUCCACUAUUUUUACUGCUAAGCAUCAAAUAGUAAUAUGUGACGUCCCACGGAUAAAGGUACCUUAUGGCGGUUGGCGAUUACGCUAUUAUUAACGCCGCUCCAAUAUUAUGGCGGCGCUAUGCGACGUAAGCGCCAGCCGCCAUAAGGUACCUUUUGCCGUGGAACGUCACAUAUGUACUUCUAUUUUAUGAAAUGUUCCACUAAUUUUAAGUGUAAUUAAGUUUUGAAAUAAAA